AUUUCCUCUCUCUCUCUCUCUCUCUCUCUCUCUCUAUAUCUUGUGCGUCAGAGGAACGACCGAAGCUUCGAUUUCGCCCCUUUUGCCUGAGAAUCAAUCGGACUCGUCCGCCGGAAUCGGGAAGCUGUAGAUUCUCCGGUCAGCUUAUGGUGUCCGUGAACCCGCACCCAGCGCAGGGUUUCUACUUCUUCGAUCCCAUGAUGAACAGCAUGGGGCUCUCCGGCAUCAAUUCCGCACCUCCGCCUUCGUCUGCCAACCCCGCCUCCGCCGCUCCGGCGCCCACCCCCAGCUCGGCCCCCUUCUCGGAGGACCCCAGCAAGAAGGUCCGGAAGCCCUACACCAUCACCAAGUCCCGAGAGAGCUGGACUGAGCAGGAGCACGACAAGUUCCUCGAAGCCCUCCAGCUGUUUGAUCGUGAUUGGAAGAAGAUUGAGGCUUUUGUCGGAUCAAAAACGGUUAUUCAGAUUCGCAGCCAUGCUCAGAAGUAUUUCCUAAAAGUUCAAAAGAGUGGGACAAGUGAACAUGUACCACCCCCCAGGCCAAAGAGGAAAGCAGCUCAUCCAUACCCGCAAAAAGCCCCUAGAAAUGCUCCAGCAAUAUCAUCCCAAGUUAACGGCCCAUUUCAAUCUUCAUCUACUUUAUUUGAACCUGGUUAUGCUGUGAGGCCCGAAGGAGCAUCCGUGCUAGGGAAUCCAGCGAGUAAUGUGUCUCUAUCUUCCUGGAGUUAUAAUUCAAGCCCAGCAGUGAAUUUGUCUCAAGCAACUAAAGAUGAUGCACGCAUUGGCGGUUCCGUUGUUCCAGGUUGCUACAGCAGUAGUAAUGAGAACAUGCCGAAAUCCUCAUCAAAUGCUCAAAUAAUUAAUCGCGACAAUGAGCCAAAUGCAAGAGUAAUGCCAGAUUUCGCGCAAGUGUACAGAUUUAUUGGGAGCGUUUUCGACCCCAAUGCAAGUGGUCAGUUGCAGAGGUUGAAGCAGAUGGACCCAAUAAAUUUGGAAACGGCAUUGUUGCUGAUGAGGAACCUCUGUGCCAAUCUAAAGAGCCCAGAGUUCGAGGAGCAAAGAAAACUGCUUGCAUCCUAUAACGAGGAUCCUGAUAGGGCAAGGGCAAGUGAUCCGUUCAGCUUACGGGCCGGGAAGUCGGAAAGCGCAAUUUUAUCUGCAUGAAUUUAUUAAGUGCAAGGUGGCCCGAGUCUUGAUUGCACUUUCAACUUGGAAGAAGGGGGGUGGUUGGUAAGGGAUGUCUGUUGCCAGUGAAGGGAUUGUCUGUUGAUACAAUGUUGGCUCUUCUUUUUCCCCAUUUUAGGGGGUUUUGGCUCUGGGGAAGGUCGGUGAUCCAGUCCGAUUUUUGGUUUCAGGCUCUAGUUUGUGAAUAUCGUAACUGUAGUCCUGAUGUGGCUUAGGUCCUGGAGGCUGUCUUGUAUAAAGCUUUUGAGUGCUAAAAGUGGUAUGGGGUUUUUGACUGUAUAUGAUUUGGGUGUCUUUUGGAUACUGAAUGCUUUUUGCUUGUAUCGAGCGUAGUUGUCGUCCUUAUAAAAGUAUGUAUAUAUGUGAAACACAUAUAAGUACACUGAAUGAGUGCAGAUAAAUAUAGAUUUUCGGUAGCA